GUAACUAUGAACUCAAUGUCUUCAGUUCAUGCAGUCAAAUUCAUAAGUUUUGGCUUCCUCGCUUGUACUGCUUGAUGGAUGUGUCACCCAUCAAAGUUUUUGCAGGCACUUCUACAGUCUUUACCCGUGCAAGUGUGGUGCAGUACCAUCUUGGUACUUUCACUAAAAUUUUGUAUUUUCCCACAGGCUGCUGGAUGAAGAAGCCUCGAUGUGGUGUGCCUGACCAAACAAGAGGUAGCUCCAAAUUUAACAUUCGUCGGAAACGCUACGCGUUAACAGGACAGAAAUGGCAACACAAACAUAUCACUUACAGCAUAAAGAACGUCACUCCAAAAGUAGGUGAUGCUGAAACUCGUAAAGCCAUUCGCCGUGCCUUCGAUGUGUGGCAGAAUGUAACUCCUCUAACAUUUGAAGAAGUUCCUUAUAUUGAAUUAGAAAAUGGCAAGAGGGACGUGGAUAUUACAAUCAUUUUUGCAUCAGGUUUUCACGGAGACAGUUCUCCCUUUGAUGGGGAGGGAGGAUUUUUGGCUCAUGCAUACUUCCCUGGCCCAGGAAUUGGGGGAGACACCCAUUUUGACUCAGAUGAGCCAUGGACUUUGGGAAAUCCCAAUCAUGAUGGAAAUGAUCUAUUUCUAGUUGCAGUGCAUGAACUGGGACAUGCUCUGGGCUUGGAGCACUCUAAUGAUCCCACUGCAAUCAUGGCUCCAUUUUACCAGUAUAUGGAAACUGACAACUUCAAACUACCUAAUGAUGAUUUACAGGGCAUCCAGAAGAUAUACGGUCCACCUGACAGGAUACCACCACCAACAAGACCUCUGCCAACAGUGCCCCCACAUCGGUCAAUCCCUCCAGCAGACCCACGGAAGAAUGACAGGCAACCUAAACCUCCCCGGCCACCCACUGGUGACAAACCUUCCUAUCCAGGAGCCAAGCCUAACAUCUGUGAUGGGAACUUCAACACUCUGGCUAUUCUUCGCCGGGAAAUGUUUGUUUUCAAG